ACGGAAGCUGGCGGAGGCCGCGCACGCCGAGGACGCCGCUGUUGCCGCGCAACGCAGAGCUUCCCUGGUUACCGGCCGGAGCGGCUCGGGCAGCAUGGCGCGGCUGCGGUGCCUGUGCGACAUCUGCACCUGCGGGCGCCAUCGCUGCCUUCAUAAACCCACAAGGGUUUAUGAUAAUGGACAACAGCCGUGCCUCACAACAGAGUAUGUGGAAAAAUAUCUCAAGUAUAGCAACAUAUCUCCUCCCUGGAGCUUUAAGCCAAAACAAGAGUACCAAGUGCAUCAUGGGAAAAUGGAAGGAACUACAACAUUUAACCUGUUUUGGAAAUCCAGAUCUCAUCUGGCAUGACCAAGCUGGCAAGCUGGGGAACUUGCUAUCUGAUUAUAUACCACACAAUAUCAUGAAGCAACAUUUUCAGGUACAAGAAGAAUAUAAACCAAAGACAGGAGAGAUGGAACUGGGAACCACAUACCAGAAAGAUUACAAUGCUCAUAAAAUAAAACCAGUCACAUUAGUAAGACCUCUAGAGAGAAAACACACUACAGGAAGAAAAAUGGAUACCAUACCAACCUAUCAAGAUGACUACAGGCCAUGGGAAGUUCAAAGAAGGGAAGCUGCUAAAGCGAUACGUAUAUACCACCCACCUACAGAGAAGUCUGGAAAUUCUACUACGUUUCGAGAUGACUUUGUUCCUAAGGAGUUAAAUCCCAGACAAAGUUUUAAACCUCCUUGUGUAGCCAAGCUUUCAGAUGUGCCUUUCGAUGGUGCUACCAGCCAUCGCACUUCUUACAUUGCUCAUCAACUGGAACCAAAAUUCAGAAGACCAAAAGAACAAUACAAGCCAAGCAACCAACCCUUCGUAGAUCUCACAACCCACCGGAAUGAUUUUAAAGGGCUACCUGGGGAACUUGCAAAAAGCUGCAAGCCUGAAAUUGCAAAAGUUGGCUCCAAUGCUCAUUUUAAUGGAGUCACUGAAUUCCAGGAUCGUUUUCAGCCAUGGCUGGUCUCCUUAUCGAAGGUCCGCAAAACCAGAGAGUAUGUUCCACCGCCAGGCAGCAUGGAUUUUAACUCCAGAAGCCAUCUCGAUUACAUUAAGCAUGAAAUUUUUCCUGCUCUCCCCGUAAGACCAGUUUCUAAUAGAAGAACAACCAAUGCCCCUUUUCAAGGGAGUACUACUAUGAAAGAAGACUUUAAAGCUUGGGGUACCUGUCGGCAAGAGAUUAUUAAGAAACAACAGGAAAUUCCAAAACCCAUGGGAAAAUUUUAUGAUUUAACGACAUUCAAAUCUCAUUACAUACCACAUCAGAUCACUCCAGCACAAAGUUUCAAACCUGCACCUGCUCUAGCUCUUAAUUCAGGCCCUUUUCAAGGUGAAACUGUGUAUCACACAGAAUAUACUCCAAAGAAACCGGAGAUCUGCCCAGCAAAUUCUUCAUCUCCUCCAGGUUAUGUGUAUGUAAAAACAGAUUCUCAUGGUCACAAAUUCUUUCGCCGGCUUACUCAAGAAUUUUCCAAGUCGAAUAGUAAUCCUAUUCCAAAGGAAAUAGCUGUUGUGUCAUAAUACUGAACUGCAGUAUUUCAAGCACCCUGAUUAAUUAAUUGAAGCCCUACUUGUUAACUUUUUUCUUUAACAUAACACUGAAAGCAAACAAUGCAAAUUUUGCUUUUAAAAGUAUUUAAACUAAUAACUUGAAGGAAAUGAAAGCAAAACCAGAAGUUUAUUACAAGAAUAAUAGAAAUUUGCCAAAUUCUAUAGGAAUAAUUCACCUUAUACAGAAUAUAUUUUUUUUCUGAUCACACACUCUAGUUUCCUUGACUUCCCAAAUUUUAUUACUCUCCAUCUCAAGCAUAGGUAUUGUACACUUAAUUCUUUCAGAUUUUCCACAAAUCAGAAUUGUAUUUGUGAAAUAACAAGUAUCUUGUGAUCAGAAUUUGUUUUCAUAGUAAGCGAAUAGUGCUGUGAUCUAAAUAAUUAGCUCAUCAGUCCAGUUUUCCAUCUCAAUACUUUGAGCAAUCUGAUAAGAAGAUAUUUUUUCUUUACAUUUUGCUGCCCAAUUCAUAAGAUAGCAUCACAUCACACCUCAGAAUUCCUGAGAGCCCGAGUUUAGUAUUUUUCAUCUUUCCUUCAUUCAGUUCUGAAGACAGUACAAAUUUCUAAUUUCUAACAGCAAUUAAUAAGAAGUAUCCUUUCUCUGCUCCUGUACACAUACCUGAGAUCACCCAGACUUAAAAAGCAGAUCAUUAGGCUCUGUUUCCUGAUUUUCCUGACCAUGAUUUUUCAGCCUCACUCCCAAAGGAAACAGCUUUGGACACACAGACACACUGUGACCUUCCCACCUGGGUAACUUUUAAACCCAGUUUUCAAAUUCAAUAAAAUUUUACAAACAGAUUUCAAAGAUGAUUGUUUUUCAAGUUUUUAAGGUAGAUGGUGAGGAAGCAAAAAGAAUCAGGCUCAAAAAAGUUAACAUCCUCCUGCUGCAGGUUUUGAUCCUGCUAUCUGAUUUUUAAAGCCAAGCAGCCUGUUAUCACUGCCUGAGUUCACAACAGAGUCAGUCUGACGGGGAAAAUGGCAGAAAACUAUAAAGGUGUAUGUAGAGAUAACAGAAAACAGUGUAAACUAAGUUAAAAAAAAUAUCAGCCAAGAUGCAGGAAUCUGUACACAGCCUGGCUUGAGCCUGUCUGCUCUUCAAAGAAUUACUUAUUAAAAAACACAGGAAACAACAUUUUUCCAGAAAUCGUACAUGCAGUGAUUAUGCUUCUGUAUGAGAUAUUUCGUAUUUUCUCUAUGUAUCUUUACCUAAUUUGGAGAAAUCUAGAUGAACUUCAUUUCAGUCCUAUUAUCUUCAUGAUUUAAGCAAGACCCAAUAAAUAAUUCUAUGAUUAACAGUAUCAUGUUCUAUCACAGUUACUCCAGUAUGAUUUUUUUCAGUAUUGCAGAUCUUUUACACAUUGCUAUAGGGCAGUCAUUUGGGUUCUAAAGAAUUAUGUGCUCCUACUUCAUAACCAAAUCCCCAAUAAAAGGACUAAGAUUGGUGACGGAUACACACUGUAAGCAGGAACUGGAUCCUAUGCAAGGAAGAAAGCUGAACUGAGUAUAUUAGCUGUGAAUAAAGGCGUUGCAUGAGAGAGCUCCAGACAUUAUUAAAGCGUCAGUUACUUUUA